AUGAAACAUUUGGCGCCAAAGUGUUGCAGUGCGAGAAAGAUGGUGACGGACGAAGAAAUCGAGCAGGAAUUUGAGGAGUUUUCUGUUACUAUAGACGACCUGUCCAUCCUCGAUAAAUGUACGUACUUCAGCUUAUGACAUAAGGAUAUAUUUUGGCUAGAUGCAGUUUAAUUUCGCUUUGGCGUCCUCUUGGUCCCCUGCAAACAGAAUCGCUAUGUACGCAAAAUUUUCGUUGACUUCAGGAAGACCGCUUGUGCAUGUACAUCUCGGGUCCAAUCUCUUAAUCUCUGAUGAUUUCUAGUCGGAAGAGAUAAUUAGGUCGUUUUUCUGAGUUUAAAUCCACUAAGUUAUUCACUGGUUGGUUUGUGUACGUUUAGUGAAAGAAAUCUGCAUUUGCCGCCGUCUAAGUGCAUCUGAACUGGUUGAAGAAUGGAUCGCUCAUCUGACAUCUGAAAAUCGUAUAAUUCAAGAGCCAACACUGACAACUCUGGGGGAAUUUCAGCGAAAGGUUAGUGCUAACGUGUUACUUUUUAGUCAGAGAUGGAUAAAAAAUUAGGUUACGUGUCAGAUAUAUAUUAUACAGGAUAUACUCGGUGACUGGUGUAGAAACGAGAAACGUUCAACUUUAAAAAGAUGAACAUCUCUGUGCUCACUCUACCAAUGGGCCUCAAAUGGGGCUCUUGUGCCUAACACCAAUUACCAGCAAGUUGAAGUGCAUCUGUAAGUCAAUUGUUUUAAUUAAAAGAAUUUGUUGGUUUUAAUAAUAAUAAUAAUAUUUAAUAAUUUAUUUAUUCACUUUUAUAGCCCAAGUUCAACUCAACUUGUUAUUUGUGAACUUUAUUUGAGCUGACCACAGGGAAGUUUUGAACUUAUUGUCAGCUUUUGUUGUUUACUUGUUGCAGUGUCUCUCCAAAGACCGGAAACGUCAAAAGCAGUUAAACAUCAGUCAUGAAGACACCAAGUAUUCAAUGUUUGAUAAAACCAACAUUGAUGAAUUGUAUCCUUUUUUAUGAUCUACUUCAUUUUGCAGCAUAUCUCUGUUUGUAAAGAAAUCUGUAUAAAUGUUUUGCACAGCACAACUCUACUAGGCAUCAUUUUUCCAUGAUGACGGCAGUAGCCGCAGAGGUCACAGAAUGGACUGUUUUCGAAGUUUUAAAGACUUUUUGCAGACAAAAUAAUAAAUAAAAUGUACAGUAAGGACAGGGUGUUAAUAGUGGUAAAAGUUUAACAUGUGACAGACAUGUGAGUUGUAAGGAACAAUGCUUCAUGGAAAGUAGAUGUUAGCUUUAGUUGUUGACAUUUUUACAUGUAUCAAGUGAGCAAUUCUCAGCUUGGAAAAAAAAACUUCAUCUAACUGGUCUUAACAGUAAAUGUGCAGGGUAAAUGACAGGAAUGACCUUAAACUGCUUGUGCAGAACCUUAUCUCUUUUGUCCAAUAGGACAUUACUGAUAUCACAUGUAUAGCUGAGCAAGAAAUGAAGUUUUGAACUGACUGAAAUACAGUAAAACUCCACGACUAAGAACCUGGAUUUUUCCAUUAUAGCCUAAACAGGUUCUUACAUAAAUGUUAGUUAGCACUAGUUUAGCACAAUGAAACCGAGCUUGAUAAUUAGCUCACAAAGCAUUUUCUAUUUAGUUUUAUUUUUGCGAUCCUGUUUAUCCAUAUAUAUAUGUAUUCUGCGGUAAAGUCAUAAUAGUGUUUUACAAACAGGCAUAUUGCCAACAGGAAGGUUUCACUAUUUUGUGGCUUACCCAGCUAUAGUUGUCCAGUUGUAUUGCUAAUAACAGGAUGCAAACCGCUUGUUUCAGGAAACUUUUUGUUUUUUGUUGUGUUCAGCACGAUAUAUAAACACCUGCACACAGCGUUUCUACACAUUAGUACAGUCCCAGUAGACAUGUUGAACACUAGUCAAGUUCACACCGCUUUUUAGAGUUCUCCCCUCGUUGGAGUGGGUAAAUCUUUUCCUUUUUUUUGUUUUUGUAGGAUGUUCCUUUGUUUCCCUUCAAUGCCAUUGUGUUCACAAAACAUCCAGCAACUGUAAUAUUACUUUCCUGUUGUAGAUUUCAUUGUGUCCUAGUUUUGAUGUUUUGUCAUUGUUGGAGUGGGCACUCCCUCUUCUUAGCUAUUGUUAUUCCUUUAGCUUAGUAUUCUGCUUUGUUUUGCCACAUUUUCGUGCGAGAUCAUAGAUCACAACCUUUCAGUUUUUCUUGUUUUGCUUUUGUUAUAUGUUUCGUCUCUUGUUUGUUGUCAUGACUCUUAACAUGAGUCACGUGCUAUUUGUGACGCGUGUUCUUCUUUCCUGACCCAGCAUGGUUCUUAGCAGGAUUGUUUACUUUUUGCGUUAUAGUAUAGUUUUAUUCUCCUAGUUGUAUUGUUAAGCAGUGUUAGUAAUUUUUAGCGUCAUUGUUUCCUUUUAGUGCUAUUGCCGUUUUCUUUUCCUUUUUUACUGUCCUUUUUCCUUGUGUUUUUAUUGUAUUUCUUGUUCAUUAAUUGGGCAUUAAAUUUUUGAUUGCUUUUAUGUGUUUUAGCUCUCUUUGUUUCACCAUUCGCUACCUCCCCUACUCACCUUUCUUGGUCACACAAGGCUCAUUUGGUUCUUAUAGGUUCUCAUUUUCUGAGGGGAAUAAAUACAAUAUAGCUAAGCUUAUCCGUCAUAUAAAAUCUGGAUACCAAAUUAGAAGCUAAGUAAAACUUUCCAUAGAAUGAAAAACUGUAUUUAACUUGUUAUUGUACAUCUAUAACAAUUCUAUCUGAUUUAAACAUUGGCAUUUACAUUGCAGUUGGAGUGAUAAGGCAACUUUGUCUCCCUGAAUGUUGACUUAUCUUACUUGCCCAAUUGUACAGAAUUUUUCAUAAUUUUAGAAAAUAAGAACCUGUUUCAAAUUAAAGGCUAAAAAGGGUCUUAUAUAGAGGGGGCUUAAAUGGCAAAUUUUAGCCAAACAGGUUCUUAAAAUCGAAGUUUUUAGUCAUGGAGUUUUACUGUAGUUAGAGAACAUAGGAAGGACAUGUUGCUCAAUACACAUACAUUGUAUUAGUUGAUACACUAACAAAGCAGUUGACACCUCAGUCAACUGUUAGUUGAUAUGUAUUGGUUAGAUGUUGGGAAAGUAGCAGCUGAGUGUCCAUGACAUGUCAGUGAUCUGUCAGUGAAGUGAGAAUCUAACAUUGACCAUCAGCCAGUUGUCUUGUAGCAGCCAACUGUUUGCCGCAUAUCAGUUAUUACUACAAUCCAACUAGUGGUCUGUUAUCAAUUAUUUGCUGUGUUCUGGUUGAUUGAGCCACUACUAGGCCAUAUGUUAUAGCCCACUAGUAGCGAAAAGUGCCGGCUUUGAAAACCAAAAUAGUGGCGGCUGAAUCGCGUUUUGCUAGCUAAAGUUGUUUUGCCUCAAUAUUCUUUACCAACUAGUUGGAUUUUACUAAAACAAUUAUUUCUCUUGCUCUCAUGGACUCUGAGUUAAUAGCCCAUUCGGCCUUUGGCCUCAUGAGUUAUUGACUCAUAAGCAAGCCCAUUUGGGCGCGAGGAAUAUUAUUGUUAAAUACACAGCAGAUACUCAAUGGACACUUAAUAAUUGGUCACCACUUGACCAACAUUUUCAGGACCAUAAUAUAUGAACAAAGGGGUUGACCACUAUGUCGUUGUAUGGCAAAGAUCCAAUAUUGAGCAAGUGUCAGUGAUAUUGCUGAUAAUCUUUUGGCAAAGUAAUGACCAAACAUGCACCAACUGUUGACUGAUAGUUGAUACACAGCCCACUCUUGACUGCCACUUGAUGGAGGCCUUGAAUGACAAACUGGGGUGUCAACUGUCAUUUGUGGACACCCCAUACAAGACACAAGAAAAGAAGAAAGUCAGAUAAAUGCUUGAAAUUAGACUUCUUAUAUUCAUACACAGAUUUUAAAGUUCAAUCCUGACACUAGAAGUAAAAAGUGUAAAGAUUUUAGUUACCCUUGACUGACUCAUCAUGUAGUAUAAACGAAGAAUAUGAAGAUUUGAUUGAAUGUUACCAAACUCCUGGCAACAAGGUAUGUCUUGAGUUUUUUUUUACUAUGAUUACAUUCUAUGAAUGUGAGAUAAUAAAGUAGAUUCAAGGCUGCUGCCUAAGACAGUUUUUUGGGAGCCCUUUGGGCUCCUACUGUGUAAAAUAAAAACUUAAGAGCCCGAGCCACAUUUCUAGGACCCCAUUGAUUGAUGAACUUAAAUAAGUAAGCAGAUGCUCAAAAACUCAAUUCGUUUGAGUUUAGAAUUUCCAGAAAAGUGCUUGUUUGUUUACUUUUAUCAUCGGAAAUUUUUUGCCUGUGGUCAACAAACACUCAUUUUAUGUUUUCAUUUCAGAAGCACAAAAUGACCAGGGAUUUCUGUCGUUUGUGCAUUGGAAGUAGGCAUAGAGGCUAUUGCCAUAAGAAUAAUAAGGUUUAGGCUCCUGUGCGGGCUCCUUGUUUAAAAUUUUAGUCACCCUGAGCAAAUCAUGAGAGCCUCUGGCGGCCAGGUGCCUGUUAAGCAGCAGCCUUGAAAGUUGAACAAAGAGGAAAUAAGUUAGCUUUAUUCUAAAGAUCAAGGAAGCCAGUAGGAAAUGUCUGUAAAUAAGAAUCUAAAUAUAUAUCCACUGGUACAAUAUGAACCUCAAUAGUUCUUCCCACGAUACAAAUAUGGUCGGUUGUUUAAACAAAGUCUAACUUAACCCGCGGUUUCGGCAAUCUUUAAACCUCCAGAUCUCUUCCUUAGUAAGUUAUUUUAAGAAAACAAAUGCUUUUCUAGUCUAAGCCAUAUGCUUUCAUGAAAAUGUUAGGUAAACUGAAAAUGACUUUAGAAUGCGGUUUUGUUAAACACUGGCUAAACUCCAUUUAAAUAACUGGCCCAUUGCAACUUUGCACGUGCAGCACACUUAAUUUUUUCAUACAUUUGUCUGCCUUUGUUUGCAUGACUACAACGUGAAACUUCCAGAAAUUUCCUGUAGUUACACGUUUUAUGGAGGAAAUGUCGUACAUGUUCUAGUUCACAUUUUUAUUUCACUACCCUCAUUUUCACUGUGGUGGUCGCUAGCAUUUCUCAUUUUCUCACUGCUGCUACAAAAUUUCCUCUGAUGUGGUUCUUCCAACAAAAAAUGUCUCCUUUGUUUUUUAUCUCUUGCUCUUUUCCUCGUCAAGCUUCACUGGCCUGUCACCUACUUUCUCUUUUUCUCUGUCUUUCUCUUUCUCUAUAUUCCAAAUUUGUGGACAUGACAAUUAAUCUAAGCUGAAUACUGUAGACAACACGGAUACAGAAACAACUUCUGCUUUCUGUUUUCGUCUUUAUUAACUCUUAAGUUGUCUCUGCUUCACAAGACACGGGUGGCUAUGCGAUUUCUGGCCAAAAUAACCUCGAGUUGCAUUUGGGUUGCCAUACCUGUUGAUUGAGUUAUUUCAAAAUUUCUCUUAUGAGUAAAUUACCACAUUUUCUUAGGUAUGGGGCUAUACGCUUCCACACAUGGAGCUCUGCUAUUAAUCAUCAUCAUCAUCAUAAAAUUGGCCAUGAUAUUAAUUCUAUAUCAAUAAAAUAACAGUAGGGACUUAUGGUUAAGAGAUGUAGGCAUGAUCAUGAGUUAUUCUUAAAAUUUCUGAUGAACAGUAACUUGCUCGUGUAAAACUUUUUAUAAAACUCCAUCCUACAGGCAAAUUUAGUUGCUAUUUUGCCAUCAAAAUCCAUGAACUCAUUAAAUGCUCAUCAAGCGAUUCAGAAAUGGUAACUGCUGGCAUGGUCAGGCAAUCUGUUUAAACAAUGCUGACAUGUGAUAUACAAAGGUGGUAAUAAUAAUUAUUGUCUUCCUCAAAGGGUUCUAUUAAAAGGCCACAUACAACUCCAGAAACAGCCAUUAAUAAAAGACAUACAUCUGUCACAAGAAGUCCUGGUCAAUCUGCAUUUUCUCCAGCUAGCUUUUCUCCUGCUAGGUAUGUUGCCCUGAUCUUGUUUACUACAGCUCAUGACGACUUAUAACAUGUUGACUGACAUAUUCAGGUUCACUGUCGCUUAGCCUGAAUUUCAUCCGAUUACUUCGAGUCGUUAUUACUCCCUCAGUAACGUCUGAAUCGACCGGCCGUUAAUGCCGUCCAGUGACGUCACUACUCUUCGACCUUUGUUUUAAUUCAUGCAAAAAGUAAAACACGAUUUUCGCGUGGCAAACCGGCAAAUAUCAUUUGGAAAUGUCUGCAUGAUACAGAACUGCUUUAUUUUUUUCGAUAGUAAUUCAUGUUUAACGUUCAAACUAUCAACUGCAUGCAGUACAACUCUAACCCGUGGUACUAAAUUCUAUAAUAAUCAAACUCGGUCGCAAUCACGCAAUGAAAUAAACACACACACGGAACACUUAGUUCAAAAACACAAUGAUUUGCUUUAAUUGAAAUGAAGCUAUUUGGUCCUUAACGAAGAAAAAAAAAACAAGGAGACAAGAAAGAAAAGCUAACAGAAUCAUUACACGUGACGGUAAAAAUAGCAAGAAGGUCGAAUUAUAACAUUGAUCUCAGAAAACUUCGCGUAAACAAAAUCACCGACCGUCGAAACCACAAAGCGGCUCUAAAUGAAAAACCUACCGACUCUCCGCAAUGAUUCUUCAUUCGCACUUCAAUUUAGCAUUUCAGUUUCGAAGACAAGGGCAAUUUCACGGUUUAAGAUAAAGAUUAAGCUUAUCGAGAUGUUUGAACUAAACGAAAGAAUGCCAGGGAUGCGAUCCGCUGAAUAUCAAGCGACAAUCCCGCUAAAAUUUUUCAUAAUUAUACAUAAUUAUGCGAAUGUUUAGACAAUCAACCAAUCAAAAUCACUACCCGGUUUUCGGGUAGUGAGUGACGUCACUGGACGGCAUUAACGGCCGGUCGAUUCAGACAUUGUUGAGAGGAGAAAACAACUCGAAGCAAUCGGAUGAAUUUCAGGUUUAACUGUCGCUUGGUUACAAGGUGAACAGUUGAUAAGUAGCACAGGCAGAAAAGGUUGAAUGUCUGACCACUGGUUACUUUGUUAGGGAGACAAUUAACUGGAAAGGUUACUGAGUACAUUAUUACAUUAACUUGUAAUAAUGACUGUCCUCUAGCACAAUACAAACCUACAGGCUAAAAAUGAUAGUCUAAUGGUAGUGUAUGUGUCAGGAUAUCUUAUCUGACCACAGGUAGGAUUGUCGGACAAUUAAAGGGAAUUGCAAAUCAGAAAACUGUAUUUUGAACUGAGUUAAGUAACAAAAAUACUUUAAAACAGGGAAAGAGUUGAAAAUUUUAAAAAAUGACUUCUGAACCUUAGGUCAUCGAAAAAGUCAUAGAAUUUGAAGAGAUCUAAAGAGUACAAACCCUGUUUUAAGCUUGUAGAAAUUAGCUUUGAACCUCUGUUAAAUCUAUUUCCUUUUUUUUUCUUGUGAAGUAGCUAGGGGUCAUGCUCAUGGUAGCUGGAGGAAGUGCCUGGCCUCCAGCCCUUAGUAACAGCCCUGCAAACAUGAAAUGUGUCAUUGUUUUUUUUGUUAUUGCAGUGCUACUCCAUCUGUGAAGUAUGGGUCUCGUACCAACUCAGGAGAAGUUGUAUCUUCCUUCAAUCAGACUGGUACUGAUUUAAAGCAAAUUAUUCACCAGCAUGUCCCCGUACCUUACCUGUCAGUACAGCAUCCUGACCAAAAAACAGCUUUGCUUAAUGUUUACAAAUAUAUGUUCCAAAAACAGACCGACAAGGCUGCUGGUGAGUUCUAAUAUCACUGCUUAUUAAUGUAUUAUUAUUAAUAACAAUUUUUUCAUUACUUUCUCUUUAAUGCCCUAACAUUGUCAAGGGUGUAAAUGCUCCUUAUUUUAUCCAUAAUUUGACUCAAAUCUGGAACAUGAAUUUUCUUAACUCUAAACUUGUUGAAAUUGCCAGUUAUGUGAGCAUCCCUGAAGGGCCUCUAACAGCCAAUGUGUACAGCAUCUUGUCAAAAAUCUUUCAUAUUAGGGGCAAAUGUGCAACCUCAGCCAAACUAUUAACGGCUGUACAUUGCAGUGAGGCCAAAAAUUAGAGCAAGAUCAUCAAGUGAAAAUAAUGAAGCUGCCUUUCAUAAGAUCAGCAGUGUGCUGUUAAUUUAUGUGAUCUGUGUAAUACAGAUUACAUGUGUGUGAGCUACACAGCUUAUUAUCAACAAUAAAGCAUUGCUGAACAAAAAAUAUAGACUGAAUAAGGACCUUCAUAUCAUGUCUGACAGAACAUUAUAAGAACGAAGUUUAUCGGAGUGUAAAUAUUUACUAUGUAUCUAUUUGCAAGUACCUAUUUAGACUGUUGAAAACCCUAUGCUUUGUAAUGUUAAGCUUGUUUUGUUUGUUAUAAUAUUGUCUUUGUUUACUAUUGUUUACAAUAAAAUUAUUAGUUCUAUUGUUACUGUUCUGAGGUCAGAGUUACUUUUACAUAAUUUUAUAAUAGAAAAAUUGCAAAAUUAAAUAGACUCCAAUUCUAUCUUUCCCUGAAGUUCACAAAGUAUGGCUCAUGAUUUUUUACGAAAUUAGGUGAGAAUUAGGUAAUUCUUCAGUUACUUGUGAUGAAAAUGGCAUGAAGUCACCAGACUCUAGAGUUCGUAGCUAGACUUUGUAAGAAAAGAGUUAAUGACCUUCCAUGGGGUAACUAUGGAUAUUUUCUGGAACCACCCAUUUGUGAUUUUCAAAGUGAGGAAUAUUAAUGCCAGUUUUAUUAAUUUUGGCAUUUCAUGCAUCUUUGUAAAUAUAUCAUAAAUAUAUGCACUCUCCUUAGGGCUUUUCCACUGGUAAGGGGACUUUUGCCAGACUGCUUGUCUUGCAGUACACAUUUUAAUGAAGUCAUAAGUUUUGAACGCCCCCUAAUUGUGGGCGACAAAAGGAGCCCACAAUCCUGAUCUCCAGGUUGUUAUUAUACAUGGGUCACAUGUACGUAGCCAGCAUUUGUUUGGACUUCCACGAAAAAUGAGUGGAAUGCAAAGAACGCAAUUUAAUCAAGCUCGUUUUGACCUUCUACUCGUCAUAAUCUGAUCAUGCAUGUUUUGACCAUCUGUCAUGUAAAACCUAUGCAGAGCUCAGCAUUAGAGCAAACCGCACUCGGUAACCUUUGAUUAUUACUAGUUUAAAAAUAAAUUUGAGAUUAACCUCCACAUUGGGGACUACGUUCCCCUUCCCUUUAUAAAUAGUGUAUAAAUUCUCAAAAUGUGCCACAGAAUUUUUGUGUGAGCAACGGUGGUGAAUUAUCUUCCUUAUUGGGAAUACUGGUAAGAAUAGUUAACCAUUUGCAAACAAAGGCAGCACUUUAUCCUCAGUUAUUUAAAGACCCAGUGAUUAUUGUACAGCCAUUAUUUGAACUUGUAGUCUCCUAUUCGUGGACCAGGGUUUAUACAAUUGAGCCAACAAGGCAGCCAUUUAAAAAGGUCUCAAUAAUAAAUUCGUCUUGAACCUUUUGACUAUUAUUCCUGACUCAUUUUUCUUUGAAAAAACUCAACACUCUUUCAAUUCUACUAUUUUGUAGUGCUAAGUGACCUCAUUGAUGAUAUGGCAGAAAAACUGCAUGAAAGCUUAGGAGUUGAGGAGUUUUCAAGCUUAUGUGUGCCCUCUCAGGUUAGAAUAAAAGCCUAGAUAAUAAGUUACCAAUAUUUCACGUGCUUCACUGAAUGCUGAGGUUUUCAAAGGUUUCAUUAAUUCAAACAUAAUGUUGAAGAUUGUUUGUCAGUUAUUAUGUUUGAUCAUCCUUUCUACAUUUCUAUUAUUUGCCAUAAAGGAAGAAGUGUCAGUCAUUGGCCGGAUUUGCUGUGAUUCUAAUGGAAAAUUGAAUGCACAGUCAGUGUUGUUGGAAGGUUCACAAGACCUAUCAUCAGGUGUUAGGGUCAAGUUAGAUCUUUCUGAAAUUCGACAAUUUGCACUCUUUCCUGGCCAGGUAAAAAGCAGAUUAUCUCGUGUUUAAAUGGACCUCAAUUGACAAGCCAUUUUAACCAUUUCCUGAGUUCUCAUUAUUUUAAAAACAUCACCCAAUCAAUACUCUGUUAACAAUCUCUAUUUUAGGUUGUUGCUGUUGAAGGGCUUAACAGCACUGGUCAAAAACUAGUGGUCAAGAAAAUUUGCACAGUAAGUGGAUGACGGUAGAUAAUUAUGUACUAAUAGCCUGUUCCAACAGUUCAGAUAGUGGAAAAUGGUUUGAAAUGGAGAUUGGAGGGAAAAAAGACAGAAGAGAGGGAAAGAGAAGGGAAUGCCUGUGAGAUUUGUUAUUAAAAGGCUCAUUCUGCUCAUUUUGUCAACUUGUAAUCCUACCAUAGGUUUUGGCUUUUUGUCUCUUUUUCUGGUCUUGAGAAGUUGUCAAUUAACCAUGCAGUGGUUGACAGUUUGCUCUUUCCAGGAUACGUAUAUAUUUUUUGUUCCUGGACAGAACUGUAAGCGGGAGCUUGUUUGAAAGCCAACAACUGGUAAGAUUGCAAAGGCUUAUUUUCUGUUGACAAGAUUCUGCCUCAAAACAAUUUAUUUAUGUUUGCAAAUAAUAUCCCACAUAUACCAUCCAGGAUAUUAGUUGUUGUGAAUCACUUCAGCAUUUGUACAAGAAAAACUAAUGUAUGAUCUUAUUGCUGUCACAUCACAUUUCCAGUCAAGUUUAUGGAUGUUCAUGUUUUGUCAAAAGUGUUAAAUUUAGCCAGUCAUAGGGUACAUCAGAAUGUGGUACAAAAUGUAAAAAAAAUUACCAAAGGUGCACUUUUGGCCUUCCCUCUCUGUUUUUUCCUUCUCUGUUUUUUUUUCCAUCCCCAGUAUUAGAAAUAUACCUGAAACACGCUACCAUGCACUCUACAAAUCCUUUAAGACAUUUUUAUUCUUUUUGUUGUUAUUUUUGCAUAUUAGUGUUGCAGCUGCCAUGUAAUGAUACCUUUCCUUUUCUCAGGGAAUUCAGCUUCCUUUUUGCUCCUUGGUUGAUGCUGGUGAUUCCAAGUUUGAGGAAAAAACUUCAGGUAGUGUUGGCUCUGUAAAACUUGGGUUGUGUAGGAUUUUAAAAAAAGGUUGCAUUAUUUCAGUAAAUGAGAAUUAAUUUAUAAGUACAACAACAUUUAACUGUAAAUUAUCUAUUUUUAAUAAUAAUACUAUUAGAAUCACCACCAAGGAAGUCUUCUUUUGCCAGUUUUUAAAUCACUGGUAUUGUUGCAAACAUGAGUUGAUUUUGUGGCCAACAGUGUCAACUGCUUGAUUAUCUCUAGACCUGGCCAGUUUCAGGCUAUCAACACACCGAGAGACUUGCACACACUCAAGUGCUGAUUGCAUUCAUUGUUUAUUGCUAAAUCAAGGUGCUUUUAUACAUGUUGGUAACUAAAUCACACGUGGGUAAAUAUGGAAGGGAAUGCAUGUGGUUCUCUUUCUAGUAAACACCCUUAUUUGAUUGAAAACUUUUGUUGUUACACCUAAAUUACUUUCAUAAAUCCUGAGCGGCUGUUUGAAUAGUCAUCUCAUCCUACACAAAAAUCCUACUAGUGAAAAGGGUCUAGCUUUUACACUUUUCUGAUUAGAAAACACUUAUAACUCUUUGGUUUAUGUGAUAAACAUUUUUGCACUCUUUCCUACACAAUAGGGAUCAUUUUUCCAGUUCCUAACAAGCAAGUGUUGAAUUGAUCUAUUUGUUCACUAAAAAUUAACAAGUCAUGUUUCAUUACACAAAGUGUCACGUUUUCUUUACCUUUACUACACUGUCCCCCCCUUAGAAAAGGGGAAAUGUCCACAUUCCAUGCAACAAAAGGCAAACUUCUGGAUUUAAAGCAAAAUUGAAAUCACUGGGUGUACAAGUGCUAUAACAAAUAUUUACUCUGAUUGCAGCUAAAUCAAGAAAAUUAAUGAAAGUUCAUUCAAAAAUUAAGAAACAAAGUCUCUCAACCAAGCAGGAGCAUGAACUUCUCUUUCUCGGUCUGUGUAGGACCCGAGGAGGUACUAUUUCAGUUACUGGUUCUGGAGCUGGCACCUCUGCCUCUGUGGGAUCCCCUUCCUCAGCUGUUGCUUAAGUCUUGUUCCUGUCAGCUGCGGUCUCUUCUGCAUACAUGAGAUCAGUCUCAUCCAGAACAUAGUGAGGGGGAACAUGACGUCUCUGCAGUGGUGAACUGGAAGGCUGGCCAUUAGGCUGAUUAGGUUGCUGGUCUAUCGGGUUGUGGCUCGCCACACCGCUUUAGUCAAUUGAAAUGCACUACUCGCCAUUUUCUUUGAUUGUCUACUUCUUCUAUCCGAUAGGUUACAUGACUGAUUUCUUUACUACCACAUAUGGACCAUGCCAUCAUGGGGAAUAAAACCUCUUUGUCUGUCCAGACUUGAUUACAGGAACAUGAAGGUACACAAGAUCUCCAACCUUUAUGUCGUCUCCAGCAACGGGACAAUCAUAGUAGUCUUUCUGUCUUCUUUGGGCAGUCUUAAUGUGUUCUCUAGCUUUCUCUUAGGCUUCUUCCAGGGUGGAUCUAAGGUUCCUCAAGUACUCAAGUGCUGCUUACAACUGAUGAGGCUUACGACCAUACAUAACAUCUAAGGGUAAUCGUACCUCGUGUUCAAUCAAAAGGUAAUGCAGUGUGUAUUGGGUAGAAAAAUGAACACUGGACCAGUACGCAUCAUAACCAUGGGCAGGUGAUCAUCCCAGUCACACUGGUGCUCCGAGAUGUAUUUUGCCAGCAUGUCUUGUAUUGUAUGGUUCAUACGCCUAACUAUGGGUGGUAUGGCAUUGUUCUAGUUUUGUCGAUAUUGAAGACGUUACACGUUUCUGUUGUGAUUCCAGUCAAAUAAACUAUCACAAGGAAGUUGGAAUCUUGACAUUUAAUAGAGCGAAGACUCAUCACCUCCGAACAACUUACAAGCGAAUGGAAAUGGACUUACAUGGCUGAAUGGAAAAAGUAACAUUAGCUUCGCAAAGCAUCGUGGCCAAAACUACUAUAGAAUCAUUACAUCCCUCCUUUCCUAUAGGCUUGACAAACUGGAUGAUAGUCUAGAUGUGCAUUAACCUAAUUCAGUGUCUUCAAGGUACAUGAUCUAAGUCAAUGUCAGUUUUUUCCUCUUACAAUACCUAAACACAACAAGACUAUUAUGACCGUUUCAAAGUGUUCCUAAGAAUCACAGCUUGGUUUAACUCAGUUCCUACUGAUCCAGUCUCUCCGGGGGGUUUAAUCAGUCUGCCACUGCGAGUUGUGUAGGUGUCUGGCAAUGUGAUGGUUUCAUUCCUCAGAGGAUUUAGAGGAAUCUUUGGAUGAUGACUGCUCUUUCCAAUCAGGUUCUACUGCUCUGUUUUCCUGAUGUGCGUCUCGUAUAUGGGCUCUGUUGCGCCUUAGCUCUCUGCCAGUUGCAGUCGUUACAGCACAUGAGCGGGGAGUUCCAACUAGUCUUUCCUUUACCUCAGCCGAUUUCCAUUUCAGCAAUGGUGGAUCUUGAAUGGUGAUCCUUUGCCCUGGGGCAAGUUCUGGGAGUGGCUUUGCCGGUCGAUCAUAGUAGUGUUUCUGCAGUUGCUGUCUUUCGAUCAGCCUGGAGAUAACUUCUUCACUUGAUGAGUCCCUUGAAAUCUUCCUUAAGAGGUUGUCGUGGAUUGAGUACCCCAAUAGCAACUCAGCAGGUGAGGGGAGUUUGUGGUCAACAGGGGUAGCCCUGAGACAAAGAAGCGACAUGUCAGGGUCUGAUUUGGUCAUUUUCGACUUCAGGAGGGGUGACUUCACUGAGUUGCCUUGGCUUUGGAUAAACCCAUUGCUAUGAGAGUAGAGGGGGGAGCUUGUAAUGUGCUUAAAACUGAAGUCCCGAGCAAACUCUUGAAAGGCUUGGCUUUUGAAAUGCGGUCCAUUGUCAGUUCUUACUACCUCAGGAUGCAUUGCUCGCUGAAAAGCUGCCUAAUUAUUUUGACUACUGUGCUGCUCUUGCUUUGCCCACUCAGUAUAUUCCUGACAAAGGAGUAACAAUCAGCAACUACGAGAUAUUUGGAGCCAUCAAGAGCAAAGAGAUCAGAGCCAAUGGUGCGCCAUGCCCUGGGGGGUACCUUUGUGUCGAUCAGAGGUUCCUUUUGUUGGCUAUGCUGGAGCUCCUCACAAGUAUUGCAUGUUUUUGUGGCUUCGUCUAUGUCCUUGUACAAGCCUCUCCACUAGACUGAGGUUUUAGUUGUUAGCUUAGUUCUCUCUAUUCCUUGGUGUGGUGUGUUUAGUUUCAUCAAAAUCUCUUUCUGCUCUUUCUCUUUCUUUCAGUGUCGUCCAUUUUUGCACGCUUGCCUGCUCAAAAGGAAUCAUAUUUUCGGUUCCUAUCAAGUAGCAAUUUAUCGAUCUAUUUGCAUGUAAAGAUGAACAAGUCACGUUUCAUUGCACAAAGUGUCACUUCUUCUUUAACUUUAACAGUAUCAAUGUUUUUUUGUACAAUACUGUAAUUGAUAGUAAAAAUUUAUAAAUUUCCUUAACAAAAAGUAGAAACCACUACUAUGCUUGGUUUGAACAAAAGCAGUUUCUUGCAUUUGGAAUAGUACCUAUUGAAAUGCGUUAACAGAAAAUUUGAAGGUCCCAUGACUAUUUGCACACUCAUAAGGGAUGCUGACACAUGCUUUGUGGGAGCAGUACAACUGUACGUGAUUUUUUUUCUUAUGAUCUUUUGGCAAAUCAUUGCAAAGUUGGGCACCUGACUUUUAAACAAAACUUUCUGUAGUUUGUCCUAGAACAGUCUAUAUGUAUGUUUGAUGCUAAACGCGUGUAAUGGUUGUUGUGACCAAUCUAGUUGGCAAAUAACGAUCCUUAACCACUACAGUCAGGCAUUCCAUGCAUUAAUGAGGGGGAAUCUGGGUCCUAAUACACUACAUCCCUCCCCAUUUAGAUAGAAAACAGUAACAUUUAGCAGAAGUACAAACGAAAUAAUAUAUGGUCCAGUAGACAUAAACGUGGACUAUCAACAAUGUCUCUGAGAUUUCAGUGUCUCUAGAGUUUAACUACAAUAGUCUUUGAGAUAGCUUGGUGCCACUCUGUGUCUCUGGGACCUCCUAAGUGGAACUUCAGGCUCAACAAGAUUUGAUUCUGAUAUCACCACACUGUGCUGCGGGGUCGGUUUAUCCUGCUUGUGGGGCUCUCCAGUCAUCACCACUUCCGGUAUACUUGGUGUAUCAUGUGUAUCACCAUUCUCUAGCAGUUUCUUUACGUGAGAUGCUUUGCAUGAGUUUUGGGCUCCUCUUGGAGAUUGUACGAUCAAGCUGUUCCUAUGCUUGUUUCCCACAGCGUACGGACUUGGUUCAAAACGGGUUGUGAGCUUGUUUUUCCUCUCUUGUUGCACUAGUACUUGGUCUCCAGGAAGUACCUCGAAUUUCUCUGCAUGACAGCGUACGCUUUGCUCUUACCCUUCUGUUCAUUGUCCCUAUCGCGCACUUCUUGUUCGACAUGUACAUCGCUCAGCUCAGGAAGUUUGGUGCGUAUUUUCAGUCCGAAGAGCAUCUCAGCAGGGCUUGCAUCAGUACUGUUGUUGAGUGAGGUAGGCUUCUUUGCGCUGCAAGAUAAACAUUCAGCUCUUCCUUCCAGCACGAGGAGCCGCAAGCAGUAAAAUUUCUGUCCCGUAAUUUAAUCAGUUAAAUCAUCAAAGUUGACAGGUCUUUCUGAUGAUCAAAGCGACCGUUGUGUUUACCAUUUACACCUUCAGUGCGAAGACAGUCACGGGAACAUUAACACCAUCAGGAUAAUUGCUUACCAUAACAGUGGUAGGUCGCGCGCGUCUGGUCGGUUUCGAAGAACGUGAUCGUGACUGUUGUUUUCAUUCAGUGACUGUGCGUGUUGAUAUGCCAACGUUUAAAACAGACUGCAACAUUAAACUUUUGUUAUAAAAGCAAAGAAGCUGCUGAGUAGAAACUAAACUGCCCCAGACUUAUUCCGUUUCAUUCGUGUACUUUCAUUUUGAUGGGGUCUGUAUGAUGAAUUUACUUCUGCCUUCUAAUCAGGCACGUAAACAACAUAGAGAUAAAACAUUUCAUUUUGCUUUUGUGGAGUAAAUUCAUCUUAAAAAAGUUAAACUAGUGGACCACUUUCUCCGCGUACUUGUAAAAAUAGGCAUUUUAUAUGUCGCGCUACAGUGCGAAAAUCUUCUUGUUGUGGAUUAGAUUUCAGUAUACAUAUUCUUCAUUUCGCGCCAGAAUAAAUUAGUUUGCGCGCAAAUGGCUUCUAAAAAAAGAUCACAAGGUUUGUCCCACGUCGAGUCCACCUUCUCGAGAUACGCCGGCAUGGUAGCUGGAAUACAUUGCCGAGGCGAAGAUCUGGCAUUUUUCCUCCUCGUCUUUUUUUUCUCCGCGACGUUUGUUUAUAUUUGUAGUGAGAAUGCCGCGCAUAUCGGUGGAUUUUACUUCAGUCAAGCGGCUUCAGUUCCUGUGGCUUGCUACUCAUCAUAAAGAAGAGUGCCGGAAUCGCUUUGUUCGCCUUUAACAGAUUUGUUGUCGAAUGCAAGGUAAAAGAACGGACUACUGUAAGGUAAGAAUCGAAGUUUAAAUUUGUUUGUCGGCGAAAAAUAGUGCAUACAACUCGUGAAACCCGUGAGUAUUACCUCCGUUUAAUAUACCGGAUGUCAUGCGAUGACCCCUCGCUUUUACGAUGGAUAGCACGGAUACAAACAAUAAUUUCUUUCGCAACGUUUAGUAUCAUUUACUUAAUAUGAGAUCAUCUGAGGACGAUUUUUCGUUAUAUAUGCUUCAUUUCUUCGCUUAUUCCGGCUACGUGCGAAAACUUAGAUGACAAUGUUUGUGUGCUAUAAUUAUACUGAUAAUUUCUUGCACCUUGAAACUCAUGAAAGCCAAACUUGUUUAACCCUAGCAAAAAACGCUUUUAGUGGAGGAACUCAACCUGAUAGUUGCACUAAAAUCUAAUAAUUGUUACUGCAUUUGCAUGGUCUCUGUAACCUCGUGGGUAGAACAUACCUGAUGGUUACAUUAAUAAUAAUCACUGCAUUUGCUCUCUGUAACCUCGUGGGUAGAACAUACCUGAAGGUUACGUUAAUGAUAAUCAUUGCAUUUUCUCUUUGUAACCUCGUGGGUAGAACAUACCUGAUGGUUACAUUUAAAGUAAUAAUCACUGCUUUUGCUCUCUGUAACCUCGUGGGUAUAACAUACCUGAAGGUUACGUUAAUAAUAAUCAUUGCACUUUCUCUUUGUAACCUCGUGGGUAGAACAUACCCGAUGGUUACAUUAAUAAUAUCACUGCAUUUGCUCUCCGUAACCUCGUGGGUAGAAUAUACCUGACGGUUACAUUUAAUAAUAAUCACUGCAUUUGCUUAGUGUAACCUCGUGGGUAGAACAUAACUGAAGGUUACGUUAAUAAUAAUCAUUGCAUUUUCUCUUUGUAACCUCGUGGGUAGAAUAUACCUGACGGUUACAUUUAAUAAUAAUCACUGCAUUUGCUCUCUAACCUCGUGGGUAGAACAUACCUGAAGGUUACGUUAAUAAUAAUCAUUGCAUUUCCCUUUGUAACCUCGUGGGUAGAAUAUACCUGACGGUUACAUUUAAUAAUAAUCACUGCAUUUGCUCUCUGUAACCUCGUGGGUAGAACAUACCUGAAGGUUACGUUAAUAAUAAUCAUUAAAUUUUCUCUUUGUAACCUCGUGGGUAGAACAUACCUGAUGGUUACAUUAAAAAUAAUCACUGCAUUUGCUGUCCGUGACCUCGUGGGUAGAGUAUACCUGAUGGUUACAUUAAUAAUAAUCAUUGCAUUUUCUCUUUGUAACCUCGUGGGAAAAAAAAUUAAUGCCGCUCUCCUGGAAAUUUUGCCCUGUCCUUUGAGCAGAGUGAUCUUUGGGUAGCGAAUUCACGAAAACAGGUAAAACGCUUUUUUUAACAACAGCAUUUAUAUUAUUGGGCUUUUUGAUGGAGGUUAAACAUUAAUGGAAUAGAAUAUAAAAAAAGCUGAUAAAGCGGAAAAAGUUAUCUUUACAAAAUGCGCUUUGACAAUGUCAAGGAGUGAAAUAAGCUGAAGUUUUGUAGUUAGCCCGAAGAAAAGCAGUUCUGAUUCCCUUCUCUUAACUAGAAGAGAUGCAUAUCCCUGUGAACCAGUUUUUUAACCGGGAGCGAUUCCCACUCACUUAAGAUACUUUAUUGACACGAGUUCCUAUUUCAAUAUAUGUCUAAUUCAAGCUUAGCCGCGUGAUAGCUCUUCAUUAGCGAAAAGGUCCAAGUGAUAUUUUGAUUGACGUGUUGUUUUGGAUCCUGAGGUUUUUUAACACCUUUUCUCUAGCUUAACUGGCGAAGAUAUUCUAGGAAUUUGCCCUUCAAUUCCAAAUUCUUUGAUGUGCCGCCAGAUGCCGUGCAAAAAUAUCACCUCUUGCGGCUCCUCGUGCUUCUUUUCAGCGUGUGUGAUUUGGAGCCUUUUCAGAAGUGAACUAUUUUGGCGCUCAACUUCUCCAUUUGCCUGGGGUUAUUUUGCGGUUACUCCGUGGUGUCUGAUUCCCUGCUGCUCCAUGUACCCUGUAAAUUCUGUUGAUACAAAAUGUGGUGCAUUGUCAUAUGUCAGGCUUUCAGGUAGACCAUGUCUUGCGAAUAUCUCUUCUAGACUCGAGAUGAGGUUAUAGGCAACUGUGGAUCUCAAAAUGUCUAUUCCUUGUCCACGACGACCAGAAUGGACUCACCAGUAGGGAGUGGUCCGAGCAGAUCAAUUGCCAAAUCUCUCCAUGGUCCAGUUGGCAAUGCUGUCCUCCUUAUAGGUUCUGGUGGGCUGGGACGGCUGACUAACUGCCAUCCAUAGCAGGUUUUGCAUGGUGUUUCAGCAUCCUUUUCCAUCCCGGGCCACCACACUUUACUGCACAACUUCUGUUUGGUUCCAACAAUGUCCAGAUGACCUUCGCGAGCGAGGGACAACACCCUGGGUCUGAGUUUCUUCGGGAUAACGAUUCUUGUCCUUCUUAGUAUCAACUGUCCAAUGCUGCACAGUUCACUACUACGUGGGAGGUAUUUCUUGUAAGCUAGGUGAUCCCACGGUUUUCCGUUUAAGCAUUCCUUGACUGCACAGAGUUCUUCAUCAAUUGCUGAGGGUUCUUCCACUUCUUGUGUAGUCAUAGCACAGGGGGUCGCAUUUAUAGCUGCAAAUCUGACAUAUUCUUUGGCUUCAGCAUGACUGACUGCUACUGGUUUUGAGAUUUCCCACUAGCCUUGAGAGAGGGUCAGCAAUGUUGCUCGGCCCAGGCUCAUACUUGACCUUGAAUUUGUGUGGCUGCAUUCAUAACACCCAUCUUUCAAUGCAUGCGCAGGGUUUUGACCUUGGGCUGUAAAUAACUUCCAAUGGCUUGUGAUCUGUAAUGAGAUCAAAUGGCACACCCUACACAUAGGGAUGGAACGUUUCGCAGGUCCAUAUGAGCACCAGCACCUCUUUCUCUGUCUGCAAAUAUCUUCUCUCUGUGUCUGUCAGACUACGACUUGCAUAGCAGAUGACUCUUGGUCCAUUCUUCUGCUUUUGGGUCAGUACCGCUCCCAGUCCAACUGGGCUGGCAUUGGCAAUCACUUGGGUUGGGGUAUCCUUGUCGAAGUACCCCAAAGUCUCAGCACGAGCCAACCGCUCUUUUAGUUCCUGAAAGGCCUUCUUCUGUUCUCCUCCAAACACGAAGGGAGUUCCUGACUUUGUCAGGGGACGUAAAGGCUCAGAGACCAUUGCCAGGUCAGGUAUGAAGCGGCCACAGUAGUUUACAAGCCCAAGAAAACUUCAGGUUUCUGAUACCGUCCGAGCUUCUCGCGCCUCUUUCACGGCUUUAACUUUUUCUCCUGUACAGCUGAUUCCAUUCCUGGACAAUACCAUGCCAAAGAAUGUGAGUUUAUCCAUGAUAAACUGGCACUUUUCUGCAUUGAUAGACACUCCACGUUCCUUUAAUCUCACAAUGACUUUCUCCAACUGCAAAUCGUGCUCUUCCUGGUGUUUACAAUGAACGAUGAUGUCAUCUGAAAUGUUCUCUUGCUCUUCUAUACCUGCAAGUGCUGUCUGGAUCUCAUACUGAUACUGUUCGGAAGCAGAGUUAACACCAAACAAUAGUCUCUUGUAUCUGAACAGAGCGCAGUGGGUAGCAAACAUUGUAAUCUCUUGGGAUUCUGAGGAAAGUUUGAGCUGGUGGUAUCCCCACUUAAGGUCAAGUUUGGAGAAUACCUUGCUGCCACUUAUGCUCUGAGUAAUCUCAUCAACAUUAGGGGUUGGGUGUCUGUUUCUCCGUACUCCCUCAUUAGCCAUUUGCAUGUCAAUGCAAAGACGGAUGUCACCCCCAGUCUUUGGGACAACAACAACUGGAUUCACCCAUGGUGUGGGCCCUAGUGCAGGUUCAAUAAUGUCUAGUUCAUGAGUUCUUUAAUCUUUUCUUCCAACUUUGAUGUCAUGCUGAACAGAGUCCUCCACAUCGGCUUUGCUACUGGCUUCACUUUGGGGUAGAUGUGGAGUUGUACUUCUUGGUCUUUCAACACCGCUGUAAACAUUUGGGUACUUCUGUUGCAGGAUCCCACCGAUGGUCUUUGGGUCUGCACUUACUGCAGCACUGCCUAUCCCUAUCUUCAGUACGCCUAGACUAGUUGCAGUAUCCUUCCCUAGAAGGGGGUCUCCUUCACCAUUGAUCACACAAAAAUUAGCUCUAGCAGUGUUGCUUCCUGCAGAGACUUUACAGAAGAAUGUUCCCAUCACAUCCAGUGGUGUCUAGAUGCACUACUCGUGAGAGCCAAUUCACCCUUCACUUUGUUUUUCUUCAACCACUCCCAUGUUUGCUUGUCAAUGAUGUUAGUGCUCGCUCCAGAAUCUGUGAUCAUGUUUAGCUUAAAACCUCCAACGGUUACUUCAAUUUUCUCCUCAUUCCUGUCUCCUAGCGCAAAUGCAUAUACUGGUUCCUCUUCUUCAUCGUAGCAACCAACCAUAUUUGCAGCACCUCCCUUGGGGUUCCUGUAGCCUUUUGUUUGCUUUUGCCUUGCUUCACCGUUCUGCUUUGUCCUGCACUGCUCUUGAAAAUGUCCUUCCAGCCCACAUCGAUGACAGAAAUGACCUCUUGCUGGACAGUUGGAAUCACGACCAAAAUGUCCGGUUCUACCACAUUGGUAACAAGUUUUCUCAUGCUUGGUGUUGUUGGUACCUUGUGACUGAUUUUUGCCAUGGCCACUCUUGUUCUCUCUAUGCGGUUUACACUAACUGAAAUCUCCCCUUUUUCUUCUAUGGUCAUUGCGCAAGCUGUUUGUCAACUUUCUUGCAGUUCUUGGCUAUUUCAAGCACUCUAGCUAAAGUGAGGCCCUAGCGUUCUUCCAGGAGUUUUCUCUUUAUGUACGUGCUGGUGUACUUCCAGAGGAUUUCAUCCCAAAUGUGGUUAUCUGUGUCUUUGCCAUAGUCACAAUAUUUUGAUGCUCGUCUAGGUCUGGUUGCAAACUGUUGGAUUGUUUGUGUCUAGCAUACGUAGUGUCGACUUUGGGAGCAAAGUAUUCAUGCAGUGCAUCUACCGCUCUCUGGUAAUGCUUCACAUCUCCCAUGUUCGGGAAGUUAAGGAAGAUAUCUUGAACAUUGGGUUCCACGAUAUGGAGCAUUAGUGAACGUCUCCUCUGCCUGUUGUUCACGUUGUCUUCAUUUAGAAUUAAGCCUUUGCCAUCUGCAAAUAGUUUGAACGCUGUCAACCACUGCUUUCAUCGCAAAGCAAGCGUCUUUUCGUCCCCAUAACAGUCAAAUGUUUUAAUAUGGUUUCAUUCAUUAUCGUCCAUGUUUUUCACAAACUUUUCAUCUCACUGACUUCUUGGGGUCUUUUUUUACCCUUGUCGCCAAUGUUGUGACUGAUCUAGUCGGUGAAUAACGAAGGAUUGCAAUGGAUUGAACCUUGAAUGAUUAGCUUUAUUCUGCCUUCACGACUCGUGGUCCUUAUCAACCACUACAGUUAGGCAUUCCAUGCAUUAUUCAGGGGAAUCUGGGUCCUAAUACACUACAAUGGUGAUGUUUUUUUAAUGUGAAAUAAUUAUUAAAAUUAAAUUAUUUUCACAUAUAAAACUUGUAUGCUACCAACAACAUGAAAUUUGGAAGGUUCAAAGUCUUUAAAGCUCUUUGCCGUUUUCCUUGCAUCUGCAAGUUUCUCUACUAUGCGAAAUAAACUUUGUAUAAAGCUAGCUAGCCAUUCAUGAAAAAAUGUCUAGCAAAUGAAUAUGCAAAGUUAUUGUAUUGUAAUUGUAAAUGAUUUUAUUUGUUUGUCAUUUGGUUUGUUUUUAUUUUUUCUUAAAGCAUUUGUAUGUUGACUUUUCAGAACCUUUCUUAAUGAUGGUAGCUGCUGGACCUUUUACAACUUCAGACAGUCUUUGUUAUGAACCACUUGCAGACCUCAUGAAAACAGUUCAAAAUGAUAAACCAGAUCUGCUUAUUUUGGUAUGAUCUCUGCUUAUAAUUUACACCUCCCUUUGAAAUUUGAUUUGAAAUAUUUGUUCUUCAGUUUAUGAAAGAAAUGUCUCAGUGGGCAUUUAAGACCUUUCUACACUAGAUUUCUGAUAACCCAUUAAAUGUACUAUUGAAAACUGGUAAUGUAUGAUCAGGGUUGUCACUAAGAUUUCAAGUUGCCGGGUAUUUGUUGUUAGUAGCCGGGGAAGUCGCAAGCAGUCCUGGAGACCCCCCCCUACAAGAAGUUUUUGAAGUGCAACUUCUACCGUUUCCUAAAACGCAUUACCGCCCCAAAAAAGCAAUUUUCAUCAAGAGUACAGCUAUCAUUAGCGGUUUUAUGAUGAUCACGUCUUUAUUAAAGAAAACAACAUCAUUCUGAGAGCCUAAAAUAAUAAGUUUUUACUUUACGUAAAGGUUUUUUUAGUGGCCACCAAAUGGGAAUAUAUAUGUAGGCACCGGUCACGUUAUCCGCGCAGUCUUCACGCAGACAAGGCGCAUGCUGGCCAGUGAAGUAAAAAUCACAACGAUACUUUACAAAAUGUUAAAAAUGUGGAAAGGACAAUCGAUUCUUAUAUGGUGCAAAUGAAUUAACAUGCGUUGUAAAAUCAAUGGUAAAUCCUCAUUUAGUUAUACGUAAGAACGAAACAAGUUACAGAAAACAGAAGUAAAACUAAUAUUACAAAUGAAUUAACCCACCGAGAAGCGGAAAGACGACAAGCUGACGAUGAAUGUACGAAAAAGCAUCAUAAACACAAGGUUACUAUGGUUUGUUGAAAAAUAGACGUAUGAUAAGGCUUAAACAAGCGUAACGUACGAAAAAUCGCGGGAUAAAAUAUGGUAAAACUAAACUGCACAACUGGUAACAUUAGUGGUCUCGAAUUUAGGAACGACACAUCACUUAACAUACGAAGAAACUGACCUACCGAAAAGCGUUUAAAAGACAGGGCUAAUACUUUAUAAACGACGCUGAGAUGUCAAAACGAGACUCAAGGAGAAGAAUGCAAAAGUAAUGCUAAUGCUUAACUUCCCUUUGAAAUAUAACUUCUUGGAAGUAGAACUGAGAGGAUGUGAUCAUGACCUGCGGACAAUGAUCGAACCUUUCCCGUUGACCGUGCGUUAUUUUAUAUACUCGAUACCUAAAGCUAAAUAUAGACCUGGUCACUUAAACGUCAAUUUAUUAAACAUAGCAAUCAGUCAUAGUGUUCAUCUUCAAAGCCUUCAUCAUAAUCCUCAUUAUCAUCAACAUCAGCAUCAGGGAGAUUUAACGCUGGGAUGAAGCCUCAACUUCUUCUGUGAUGUCAACAGAGAUCUGCUCAGGUCUAUCAUCGUGAACAAAGAGUGCAGAUUCCUUUGCAACUUCUUCGACAUGUUCAACACAAAGCCUACACAACGGUUGAAACUAGGGACUUUUAGCAUCGACAAAGGUGACGGCAGCGAAAACGUCACUUUUAUAAUGAAUUGGUGUUUUUUUCAACUUUGUCUCGUUUAUUUCAGUUCGCUGAAAAUAGCUAAUGUAGGCCAAUUUCCCUGGAGUUGAUUUCUUUGGGACCGCACUCAAGUUUAGAAAGAGAAAGACAAGUUUGUCUUCGCUUGUUUACGUCCUCCAUAUAACGUGAAACUAGGCAUUUUCACGUCUUAGUCGUGCAGUAAUGGCAAAGAAAUGUACAAAAGGGUGAUGCGCGUGCAAACUAGUUGUUUUGCUCAAUAAACCAAUUGCUUUUUUGACGUUCUCGUUGCCGUCGCCGUCGUCGUUGCUAAAACUCCCUACUAACAUUUCGCGAACGGAGAGUUUUCGCGCGUGUGUACUAGUACCAAAUCUAAGGCAGAUGUCUUUUUCCAACAUUUCUUAGUUUUUGCACGCGAGUGUUUCAAAAUUACUUAAACCUGCUGCAGAUGAAACUUUCAUUUAGUCUGAUGGAUAGUCUGUGUGUUUCAAAGGUGUGCUCAUUUGGUUUAAUUUAAUGACGAAAGUAGCCGGGGGCCGUGCUCUGAGCAGCCGGGGGAAAUCCCCGGCCCCCGGCCCUUAGUGACAACCCUGCACUGUAUGCUAAUGUUUUUAAAAUGUUCGUUUGAUUGAUUUUUUGUUUGUUUUUUUUUUUUUCUCAGCUGGGACCCUUUGUCGAUGCCAGACAUGAUCAAGUUAUAGUAAGUAGAUAUUUCUUCUCCAUUAACUUUAACAAUAACUACUAAUAGUUGACACUACAGCUGCCCCCGUUCUGUAUAUUUUCGGUUAAUAGUAUUCUUGCUCGUUGUGUAGCUCUAUGACAUGCUGUGAAAUAUACCGAUUCAUAAUGGAGAUUUUCACACAUAUUCCAUACAAUAGGUGAGAUAAAUACAGGAAACGCAAGGUUCCAUGCACAGCUUGAGCUCGAUUUACACAGCCUUGAUCAAAACAUUGUCAGUUUCGAGAAUAGUUUAUUCUAAACCAUAAGAAAAGAUUUAAUUGGAAGUUUAAUUUUUCGCUAUUUCUCUUUCACUUUUUACAUUCAAUUCAUUUUAUUUGCCGAAAAGUAAGCCUUAGAAAUUAAAAGGACGUUUGGUCGAUUCACGCUCGCGCAUUCUAGUCUUAUUUGAAACUUUAUAACAGAAGGACAUCUUUGAACAGGGAAUAAGUUAGCACAGAAUUUGAUUGUCGGCGAAUUUCUGUAAUCGUCCGUGCUUGUUUGGGGCAAUAUUCCGGUCAAAGAGAGAGAAAGAGUGUCUGGCAAGGUUUCCAAUAUAAAUCAAAGAUUUGUGAACUCAUGUCUGGCAAACUCUCCAAGUGUUUAUAUAUACAUAGUUAAACGCACCUUUUAACCUCAUCUGCGCUUAACGAGUGUCUUUUGGUCCAUAACUUUAAUUUUCAAAACAACUGCUCCACAGAAUGUCACUGCGUAACGCAAAAGAAUAUCGAAGUAUGACUGCACAAUAAAUGUCACAAAAUCUACCUGAGCGGUCCUUUCGGGAUUCUCUGUCUUUACGUCAUCCUAACCAUUUCGUACUUGCGGGCGCAAGCAAUAGAAACGUCAUCAUUACCUACCGAUUCCUCGCGGCCCCUGUUCAAGCAAAUCGAGAUUUUUUCUAUAUUGACUGUAUGACUGUAUAUUUCAACUGCAAGUACUUUCCUUAAUAUACGCGCGAAUUACUAGAGUGCCUCCUCGGGAUUUCGCUUUCUGGGCGAAAUCCCUGCAGGGGCAAUUAUAUUUUACAAGCAGGCCUCCAAUCACCUAACGGUGGUUUUCAGGAGGGUCCUCUAAAUAAAGGUAAAAAUACAUUAAAAUAAAAGUAAAGAAUGGCUAACAACUAAUACUACAACUAGGGUUAAGUUAAAAAUACUAACUAAGGUCAAUUGUUUUAUAAAAACGUUUUCAGUUCAUGUUUAAAAUUCGUGUAAAACUAACAUAAAAAUACCAACUACGGUUCAAAAUGAUUCAAUAAAAACUGUUUCAGUUUGUAAUGAAAAAUCGUUUUUGGCAUUAGUCUCUUGAGCUCACUCGGUAGUGAGGCCCAAUCAUUAAAGGAGCUGUGUCACGAAAUUAAGCCAAAUUAGGAAAUUACAAAAUGCCCGUUAAAUUAAGAAAAACAUAAAAAUAACCGCUUAAAACUUUAAAGGAAGGUUAAAAUAACAUAACAGAAACAACAGAUGCCACGGAUGGGCAAGACUGAAGAAGAUUAAAACGGAUUGAAAUUAGGGUUUUGAAAACCGUUCAGCCUAACAGUUUUUCAAAGUUGAUUCCUGCUGCUUGCAACUUCAAAAAUAAUGCUCAGGAGACAUAUUUGUUUGUCUCGGAUCUCUGAUUUUGUCAUUUACAUGUAAUUUCUUUGCUUACUUUAAGUUCCGUAGCGAUUGAGGGCGAGUAAUUGGCAAAAUCAAACAAAAUGAAAAGGACUGCCUUGACACAGCCCCUUUAAUUGCUUUAUGAUAUGUUUUGUUCUGCCCCAUUCCGUUCUUGGCCUGCUCACUUUGUGCAUAUGUAACCAUUUUGAGUAUUAUAACCAUGGUAUUGGCUCGUUUUAGAAUUAAAUACAUCGAAAUGUUCGGGGUCAUUCCCUUCAAUGCAUUUUGCACAAGGCAACAUUGAUGACUUUGUUCUGUAAGUUAAAUUGUUAUUGUUAUCACAGUUGGCUUUCACUGUCACACUAGCAAAAGAGUAAGCCGUUAAAUAGAUUAAGUAAAGAGUCUUGUUUGUAUUGCCUGUGAGUGUUUUGCUGGAGUCAUCCAUAUCAUUUUAUUUUAUCUGCAUUAGAACGGUGAUCUUGAGGAGCCAUAUGAAGAUUUAUUCGAAAGACAAGUGCAACAGAUUGUGAAAGCUACAGAGGGGUAUGUUUUUGAUUUAUAUAUAAUUUUUUAAAUCAACUAAUGUUUCGAAAAUUAAUGUUAAAAAAGAACGGCAUUUCGACCGUGUGAUGGUCAUUUUCAGGUUCAGAAGUAAAAACUUUGCAUGUGCUUAUACGCAAUUGGGAAAAGGCUAAUGAGAUACUGACUAAAGACAAUACGAAAAAAUUACAGCGUGAAUGAUAAAAGAAACGCUAAGGCGAUGAAAACGAUUAAAGAUAUUUAAAAGUGAAAUAAUUGAAUAAAUAGCUUCGUGCGGAUUGAGUCAUUCUGUUCAGUUUUGGUUUGAGUUUACAGUUUUGGUUGGAGUUUGCUCUGACACUUUUUUAGCUCGUAGAUUACACGUAGCGUAGGGAACGAGUUAUUGUGUGGUCUGCGAUAUGCAAAUGUGUCACUCAUGUGUAGACACUUUCGUAAUUAAUCGGCUGGCACGAAAACUCUCGAUAUGAAAACAACAAUUGUCAUAGAUCGAUCGUUCCUGGACGUUCCAGUGAUAAAGAAGCGCCGAGCAUGCAUUGUGCCCAGAGCUUUUGAUGUUUUGAUUUUGUAGCUUUCGCAGGAUGGUAAGUUGUCUUCAUGUGGACUUCGAAUGUUUCAAAAUAAACAUCAUGGCUAACCUGGAGAACGUAGCCCUGAAUGGGACUGUUGUUGUUGAAAGUGACUGACAUUUCGAAAAACCUGUGCGGUAUUUGUCUUCAGAGUCAAACUGAGUAUUAUCACGUCAGUUAAUUUUUUUAUCAAAACGAAGAGAAGAGUUUGAGCAACAUAAAAUGAAUACCAUGAAAGGUUUGAACUUGUGAGUCAUUUCAUAAGUAGGCUGAGUAUGUUCAUGCUGGUGAACGUAGUCGUGAAUAGGACUGUUGUUGUUGAAAGUGACUGACGUUCCGAAAACCUGCGCGGUAGUUGUCUACAGAGUCAAAGUGAGUUGUAUCACGUCAGUUGGUGGUUGUAAACUCUGAUUAAUACCAGAGUCGACGUUGGUCAGAGUGUUGGAAUCAGUGUUACCAGUCACCGUACAACCUGACCUCUCACAAGGCUACAGACAUAUGGUCUUUGACGAGACGAGCGCACCUGACAACCUACAAGAGAGACUGACUACCUAAACAACUUUUUUAGUAAAAACAACUAAACACGGAUUUUGUUAGACAGAACAUUCACAGUAACACUGAUUCCAACACUCAGACCAACGUCAACUCUGGCCCUGUUAGGACAGCGACUAUACCCUGCAUCAAAGGCACCUCUGAAACUAUCACACGUAUACUACAACAAUCUUACAAUAUAUGUGUUGCACACAAACCGAUAACCACUUUACAAGGACUACUUACUAAUGUCAACGACAGACAAACCAGAGGACCGAUAGGGAGCAGUAUACAAGAUCAAAUGGUGCGACUGCCAGGCUACUUACAUUGGUGAAACAGGCAGAAACUUUAGCACACGACUGACUGAACACAAACGAGCAAUGAGAAAUGGUGACGUCAACAAUCACACUGCUGAAAACCAUUUACAGAUGAAACAUCAAAUCGACUGGGGACUCUGCGACAUGUAUUACGUAUUCUACAGACUACUAUCAACGACCCAAUUUAGAAAGCUGGUUUACUAACUUAGAACAAACGCCACUGAAUUGUAGUCAACAGCUACUGGCACCUUACAAACGACUUAUUGACAAAAUCAAGCAAAAUUAACUACGAGAGAACGACUGGACAUCUGAAAAUUUGAGUAACAAUAGACGACUGUUUGACUGUGACAAUAGAUGGUUCGAAACGCACCAAUUACAUUACGAGUCUUCAUAGCCAAUAACAUCACAGCUUAACUGACAGACGACCAAAAACAUCGCAAUGUAAUUGACCGAUCAGGUCAAUAACCAGAGUAUAAUACCAUCAACGAACAUCAUACAACUCACUUUGACUCUGAAGAUGACUACCGCACAGGUUGUCGAAACGUCAGUCACUGUCAACAACAACAGUCCUAUUCAGGACUACGUUCACCCAAACAAUCAAACUCAACCAACUUUUGAAAUUUGUUAUUUUUGCUAUUUUUUGCGAUAUGUGCAAGUAAGUGUCUCACAAAAUUUUCUUAUGACCAUUUUUUGCUAAAAUUGCAAAAAAAUUGGCACCAAUCUGCACCAAACUUCACCAAGUUGCUCCAAACUGUACCAUGUUGCACCAAUCUACACCAAGUUGUACCAAACUACACCAAUCUGCACCAACAUGCAGUACACCAAGAUUCAGCAAACUGCACCAAUCUGCACCACAUUGCACCAGUCUGGACUAAGUUGCACCAAACAAGGGCAGCCCAAACUCACGUUAUGAGGAAAGAGUGUAAAGUAAUUUACUUACCAUAGGUGACGCGUGACCUUUCUGCUGGACGGGCCGGUGUCGCGUUACAGGCGACCGUUGAAAAUAAGAGACUUUGUAUGAGAAAUAAAAUACUGAAAUCUUCAAUGAAAUGAAUAAAAAAGACUUACCUGCGAUGUAUUCCACUGUGUUUCAGUGUCUGCUUGUCGUUUUUACGGUUUUUUUUGCUUUAUUGCAUAACCACUGUUACUCCCCUCAUAAGGCGAAGUCAAGGCUGGUCAUUUCAAUCUGGCUGGGUCCUGGACCAGUGGCAACGAAAAUGUUGUCUUUUCGCCGAAAUUCAAGUCUGCUACAAAUUUUUUCAGCCCCAACCCAAGAGGGAAACCUCCUUUUCCUCUCUAAGAGAUCAGCUCGUAAAAAGCUUUAUAAUUUCCCGAUCAAAUUGAACCAUUUGUGCCGGACUUCAAGGCACGUCUGGCUUUCGUCCAGUGUCUGUGACCGCUAUUGCGCUUACCAACUAAUUUGCAUCACAACAAUUAGCACUUACAUGGCGGGUGCAAGGGCUCACUUCUUCAAAGUGCAAGAGCCUAAUAAAUGUGUCAUUUUAUGAAGAGAAGGCACAGUUAAAAGCUUCACCAGAAGGAAAAGAAAGGAAUGACAAAACAAGGAAAGACAAGUAUGAAAUAAAGAGGCAGCGCGUCUUUCAGGCCCACUGGAAAGAAGUGUAUCCUUGGGUUGAGCAUGAUUCCAUCAACGCUGUAAUGUUUUGCAAGGUAUGUGAAGAGCAUUAAGUGAAUUUGAUUUCAGUCAGUCUGAUAAUUAAUAAUCACAGGCACCAUCACAAAGUGUGAGCUACAAUACAGUACUGUAAAAUACCGUAGACUAUGGCUAAUGACAAAUUCUCUUUCGCAGAAAGCAACAGCCCUAGCAUACCGCUAACCUCUACCAUACGAGACCUCUGGUUAACCUCUUAAUACAAAGUUGUUUAUUAAUUAUGGAACUUACCAUCAGGCGUCUUAUAUAACCUUUCAAAUAGAGCUAUAAUUGUGUUCACAAUUGAGUGUAACAUGUUACGAGGAUUUGUCUAAAUCAGUUUGUUGUUAUAGCUGUUCACAAUUGACAUUUUCAUUUAGGUAUGCCGUGCUUAUCCAAACUUUUGUGAUAAAUCCAGUCCCAUGACAUACCUAGCGACCGUGGAAAGUGCUUGAACAAAUGGAAAGUUGACAAAGAAAAUGCAGACAAACCCCUGGCGACAAUGAUGAAGACAAUAUCUGCAAAGGAUGAAGAAACCAAAUGAAGAAUGGAAAGAUUGUUCAGUACUGCUCAUUAUGUAGCAAAGGAAAGUCUCGCAUUCAAAAAAUUCACGGGUUUGUGUGAUCUACAAGAGAGGAGUGGGCUAGAUGUAGGAAAUAAUUAUCGCAAUGAAAUGAAAUUUAAAGAGUUUGUGUCUAGCAUUGCUGCUAUUGAACAGGAGAAGUAUGCAAAGGAAAUCAGGGAUGCCAGGUUUUUGUGUGUUUUAGCAGACGCUGCCACAGACAAGAGUGUCACAGAGCAUUUGACUGUUUUUGUAUGUUAUACUGAUUCAAAUGGGAUACCAUCGACACAGUUUUCUGACCUUGUCUCCCUUCAGUCUGCCGAUGCUAGUGGUAUAACAAAUGCUAUUAAUAAAGGACUUGAAGCUGUACAGGUUGAUGAAAGUGUGUUGAGUUGAAAGUUAGUAGGCUGCAAUUUUGAUGGGGCCAACUGUGGAGUGAGUAAGAAGCUGGGGGAUAAAGUUGGUCAGCCACUAUGCAUCAUCCACUGUGUAGCUCACAAACUUUAACUGGCUGUAAUUGAUGCUGUGAAGAGGUGCCCUUACCUUCCAACAUUUGAGGAUACAGUUAAAGAGGUAUACAAGUUUUAUUAGUAUUCUCCAAAAUGACGUUAAUGAGAUUGCCAAUAUAAUCGAUGAAGAUGCGGUCUGCAGAUACCUUGUUGUUACUGCCUUGGAGAAGCACUAUGUCACUACUGUUAUGCACCUGCAGCAUAAAACUGGAUCCACUGGUGAAGAUGGGGCACUAGCCAAAGGAAUUCUGAAACAAUGACUGUCUGAGAGGUUUGUCAAACACCUGUACUUCUUGUUGGAUGUGAUGAAGAUUUUGUCAGAGCUGAGUAAAUCAUUCCAACACGAUAAACUUUGCAUAACAGACAUAGUUGCAAAACUAGAUACGACUGUAAUCAUGUUAGAAGAGUGGAAGCUACAAAGGGGAGGUCAUUACAGAAAGUUUAUGGAGAGUUAUUCUGAGAAAAAAGCAGUCUUCAUCUGUGGGAAGGACAAAGGACACCAACUAAAACUGACGCAUGCAGGCAACAUGCUUGAUCAACAGUUUGACACUUUUCUUACGAAAGUCCUGACUUAUUUGAAGUCAAGGUUUGGAAAUCUUCAGGAGAAACCCUGCAGCUUGUUCAGAAUAUUAGACCAACGAGAGAUGCCUCAGACCGUCGCAGCCUAUGGGCAUAAUGAAAUCGUUCCCUCGUUCAGUACUUUGGGUACCUCCUUACUGAGAAAGAGAAGGAAAGUAUCCUUGAUCAGUGACCCAUGCUGUGUACCAGACUCAGCAGACAAAGGGCAAACAAUCCAGUUGAUGUAUUUGCAAACCUUCUAGUGGCAAAACCUGAUGACGUGAAAGACUGCCUCGUACUUUUAGAGCUUAUGAUGACGUUGUCACCAUCCAAAGCCAAGUGUGCAAGGAGCUUCUCGGCGAUGAACCAGCUUAAGAGUAAUGUAGGUACACUAAUCUCACAAGGACGCUUGGCAGAUUUAAUGAGGGUUCGUUCCUCUGAUGUUUCCACCAAGAAAUACUGUUGUGAUCCUGCCAUUUCCCACUAGAUUUUGGAUGCCAAGACGAAGAGACAUACUGUAAAAAGUGAUUAAACUCGUGUUUCUAGAACGUUUUACUGCGCAUAAUGCCAUAUUUUAAGCACAGUACUGUUGUAAAUCGACUUGGCUGAGAUUCUUACAUGCACAUCACCUGUAGCUUUGUAAGACCGGUCUAUUAGCGUCAAGUAGCCUUUUGUAAUCUUGCAGUAUUGUUGUAAAUCGAGUUGGCGGAGAUUCUUACAUACUCAUCAGUUGUAGCUUUGUAAGAGCGUUCUAUUAGCGUCAAGUAGCCCGUUUUACCUGGUCAUGAUUUCACAAUGUAAUGAGAGUAUUUGAACUGGUUGUAAAUACAGCAUGAACUUCUAUUUAGUAUGGACAUUUUCACAGUUAACCAGUAAUAUGUAGUUUUUAGCUUUGUGUUCAAAGAAAAACGUUUGUCAUUUGGACCUUCAUUCCGGCUUGCUCCAAACUCCACCAAUCUGCACCAAAAAGCACCAGAACGGCACCAAUCUGCACCAGAGGGCACCAAGGUACGCCAAAGGACACCAAUCUGCACCAAACUCCACCAAGUUGCUCUAAUCUGCCCAUAGGGCACCACGUUGCACCAAACUCCACCAAGUUCCACCAAACUGCACCAAUCUGCGCAUAAGGCACCAAUUUGCACCAAACUCCAACUCCAAAGUUGCUCCAAACUCCACCAAGUUGAACCAAUCUGCACCAACUUCCACGAAACUGCACCAAAAAGCACCAAGUUGCGCCAAUCUGCACGAAGUUUCACCAAACUGCACCAAAUUGCAUGAAACCACACCAAUCUGCACCAAACUCCACUAAGUUGCACCAAACUGCACCAAGUUCCACCAAUCUGCACCAGAGGACACCAAGUUGCACCAAUCUGUACCAAAGUGCACCAAACUGCACCAAAUUGCGCCAAGUUACACCAAACUGCAUCAAGUAGUACCAAGUUCCACCAAACUGUACGAGAGGGCACCACGCUGUACCAAUCUGUACAAAAAGCACCAAGUUGCACCAAAUUGCAUGAAACCACAGAAACCUACAUCAAACUCCACUAAGUUGCACCAAACUGCACCAAUCCGCACCAAGUUCCACUAAACCGCACCAAUCUGCACCUGGUUGCACCAAGUUGCACCAAAUUGCAUCAAACCGCACCAGUCUGCACCAAACUCCACCAAGUUGCUCCAAACUGCACCACGUUACACCAAAUGUACCAAGUUGCACCAAUCUGUACCAGAGGGUACCACGUUGCACCAAUAUGCACCAAAAAGCACCAAGUUGCAUGAAACCCCACCAAUCUGCACCAAACUCCACUAAGUUGCCCUAACUGCACCAAUCCGACCAAGUUCCACUAAACCGUACCAAGUUGCACCAAGUUGCACCAAUCUACACCAAAAAGCACCAAUCUGCACCAGAGGGCACCAAGUUGCACCAAACUCCACCAAGGUUCACCAACUCCCCAAGUUGCUCCAAACUGCACCAAGUUCCACCAAACUGCACCAAUCUGCACAUAAGGCAGCAAGUAGCACCAAUUUGCACUAAACUCCACCAAGUUGCACUAAACUGCACGAAGUUACACCAAACUGCACCAAGUUGCACCAAUCUGCACCAACAAUCAGGGACAAAAGUAGUUGACACACUUUAAAAUGGGUGCUUUUAACAAACCUUUAAUUUAUUUAUUAUUUCAUUCCUUUUAAAUGCCAUAAAUCCCCUCACCCCCCGAAUCAAUGUUGUCUGAAGUAAAAGAAAGACUUGAGGGUCCAAAAUACAACAUUGAUUUUGGGGGGAAGGGGUUGGGGCAGACAGGGGAAGGGGAUAGGUAUGUCCACUAUGCAAAAAGAGGCCAUUUUACAGAAAUGUCUCAACACUUUUGUCCCUCAUUGUCUGAAUGCAAAAUUGUGCUACUGCACACGAGUUAGGCACUGUAUGACAAUGAUUUUAACUGAAAUUAAAGGAAUCAAUGACAUAAUUAUGUUAUUGGUGGUGGGGGUGACAUUGACUUAUUCACGACCAAAUUAUAGGGCCAAUUGGAAUUACGUGAUGACGUAAUAAAAGGGCUGCGAUAUCAAGAAUUGACGUCUUGGUUUACAAGCUAAAACCUAACGCCGAAACUCAUGCACAUGUAUACAACUUUUGGUGAAUUUCAAGGGUAUACAUACUGAAAAUAUUUUUAAUAACGUGAAUAUUUCUCUUCUUCACUUAAACUGAUUGUUAAGGCGCAAACAAUCACGGGUAGGGUAAGGAUUGGCACGUAGUGGGGAUAAUCACUGGCCGGCCACAGAAAUAUGGAGCGUUAAGUGAGGAGCGGCCGUCACUGCGUUCAAUAUCGAAAGUAUGGAAAAGUGAAGGUUAAUUCAUUACCAAUUUAAUAAAAAUCUAAGGACUGCGUAGCAAAGAUUGCAAGUGUACACAAAAAACAAUUACUUUCAAUCCCACCUCGCGACACCCUGUGUGACAUGAUAACGCAACAUAAAUAGCGUGACAUGAGUGCAUGUCUGUAUUUGGACUGCAUUUCUUGAGACAAACCCUGUGUUUUUGUCUAUUGUUGGCAAGAAAAAUGAAAAGAGAGUUUUGAAACGUGAACUGGUAUUUGACUUUCAAAGAAAAUGACAGCUCAAACUGAGGAAAACUCAGUCUCCUUCAGAUAACUAUGUUUCGCCAAACGGAAAGUAACAUAGUCUGUUAUGACCUCUUAAUGCCACAUGUUUUCUCGUGGUUAACUAUUAAAACUCCUGAUUUGCACCACAUCGCUGCAAUUUUUCUCGCCAAGAAUACGUAUUGCGAAGCACUUUCUACGUAGUGCAAUCGUCUUUUGCCUUUUGUGAGGAAUUAGCCAUGAAAACGGAUAAUUUUCCAGCGCACGGCCUUCAUCGAUCACUUGUUAUCCGGCUCUCCUUGUCAUCAAGUGAACUUCUGGCCCAAAGUAAUUGGUUUUUUGGCAAUGAUACAAACUGGUGUGUCUAUCUUGAAAACAAUUUCUUUGGCAUUAUGUGAUUUAGGAGCUGGGAAAUAAACUUAAGUUGUUCAUCCAUCAUCAAUAAAAUAUCAUACCACUGAAUAACUGGCAGGCUGUCAUCUAAACUCAUUACAAAGGUACAUUCCUAACCUGGUCUACCCUGUUCAACUCCUAUGUACGCUAAAGGUUUGGAUGUUAGGUUUGAAAAGGUGUCCAGAAACACAUGUAUAGGGCAUAGCACAAACAGAUGGCCCAUCAUUUAUGAAAUUCAUAUCCUGUACAUUGUUUACGUUCUUU